CGCCGACAGAAGAUAUCGCAGCCAACAAUCACCAUGCAUCGCGUGCUGAACGUCGUCGCUCGCCCCGCCGCUCGAUCCGCACUGGCUAUGCAUGGAACGAGUCGUCGCUGCAUGAGCUCCAUUCCCACAGGGUCGUCUUCACCGGUUGGUCCGAUCCUUUUGGGUGCGACGGCGCUUGGCUUGUACACGUUCCGCCAGUCGUUCCUCACGACGUUUAUGGAUCCGGUACUCAUGCCUCUGCUUCGGUUGCUGGGCCCAGAGACGUCGCAUGUACUUGCCGUCCAGGCUGCCAAAUACGGAUGGAGCGUCAAGGACACGGUUCCCGACGACCCGUCGUUGCAUGUGUCCUUGCUGGGUCUUUCGUUUGACAACCCGAUCGGCAUCGCUGCCGGCUUCGACAAGCAUGCCGAUGCCAUGCAGGGAUUGCUGGACAUGGGUUUUGGGUUUGUCGAGAUCGGCAGCGUCACGCCGCUCCCUCAGGAUGGCAACCCGAAGCCCCGCGUGUUCCGCCUCGUGGAAGAUCGAGGAGUGAUCAAUCGAUAUGGGUUCAACAGCCAAGGCCACGCCAAAGUAAGGGAACGUCUCGAGAAGUACAAGUACUGGACGUUGUCCACCACGACCUCGAAACAGUAUCGCAGGGGGCCGCUGGGGGUGAAUUUGGGCAAAAACAAAUCGUCCGACAGCCCGAUUGAAGACUACGUGCGCGGCGUGGAAACGUUAGGACCGUUUGGCGAUUACUUGGUCAUUAACAUCUCGUCGCCCAACACUCCCGGUCUCCGCUCCCUUCAGGGCAAGAAGGAACUGCAUGCGCUGGUGUCUGCGGUGCUGGACGCGCGCAACAAGCUGUGGAAGCGGCUUCCAUUAUUGGUCAAAAUCGCACCGGACUUGACGUCCGACGACAUGCGAGACAUUGCCGAAGUGGCAUUGGCUCUGCAAAUCGACGGGCUGAUUGUGUCUAACACUACCAUCUCCCGCCCAGAAUCGUUGCUCAGCCCCCAUGCGGCCGAGACGGGAGGAUUGAGUGGCGCGCCGGUGAAAGAGCUGUCCACAACAGUGCUGCACUCCAUGUACAAGCUCACGGAGGGCAAGAUUCCACUGAUUGGAGUGGGGGGAGUGGCCACAGGCCAAGACGCGUACGAUAAGAUCCGGGCGGGUGCGAGUUUGGUGCAGUUGUACUCUAGCUUGGUGUUCAACGGACCGUUGGCAGUGGUUGGUUCAUUCGAGUGUGGAUACCCAGCACAGUAGUUGUUCACAUUAUGUCGACGUAGGCACGCAUCAAGCAUGAAUUGACGGCAUGUAUCAAGCAAGAUGGGUAUACUUCUGUGGCGGAAGCCGUGGGAGCCGCCCAUAACGACCCUUCUUCCAAGAACCCUCAGCCAUGACGGCAGAUACCACCCUAAGUGGCUUGGAGCAUCUGUUUAGAGCAAGCAUCUCUCUCAUCCGUGCUUGCGUGUCCAGUAAAGUUGGCACCAUAACUUAGUGUUGCUGGGUUGUGUUGAGCAGCCAAUCAUAGCACUUUCGAUAGCAAGUCUUAUAAGCCAAUUACAGUCCCUUGCAGUCGA